AUGUCCGCCGCCGCCAUGGAGAAUCCGAUUAUCCUCGACCUUACGCCGACGUACGGCGCGAUGAUUGUCGGGACAUACCUGUCUUGCGCGAUCUGGGGGAUUUCGUCUCUUCAAACUUACCUGUACUUCUGGUGCUAUGACGACGACGCUCUUUAUGUGAAGCUCUUGGUUGGCUUUCUAUGGUGCAUGGACACUGUGCAUCAGAUCUUCGUAUGCAAAGCCACAUGGAAGACUCUCAUCCAGACGUUCGGCGGUAUCGCCAACCUGUCCCAAUUGCCUCAGGAGACUUUGCACAACCUGUGGUCAGCGUACGUUGUCGUUGGGAUAGUCCAGAUAUACUACUUCAGGCGCAUCGUCAACUUCGCUUCGCGGACAACCUACGGUCGGCGAUGGUGGAUCUGGCCGCUCUAUGUGUUCAUGACCUUGGUCUUCUUGGCGCAAUAUGCUUCCCUCUUUGGCUUCCUCGCAGAGACUUUCGGUCGCCCCGUCGCUUCUCUCAGCAUGCCAAUCGCUAUGGACUUCGCGACUACUCUCCUAUCCUGCACAGCCGCGAUCGAUAUCUUCAUUGGUGCUGGCAUGUUCGCUCUGUUGCACACGCAACGUUCUCAGUUCCGCGCGACAUCCACCAUGCUUGGGCGUCUGUCGUUCAUCGUCGUCAAUACUGGCCUUAUCACCGCCAUCCUAGCCAUCGCCACGCUCACAUUGGAUGUCGCCUAUGACUCUUCUACAAAUCUAUGGUACACCGUCGGCCAGAUCCCAGCGUGCUCGCUCUACUUCUCGGGCCUGCUCGCCAACCUGAACUCGCGGCACUACGUGCGCGGCCAUGGCGGUAUCAAGACCAUCUCGAACUUCGAAGACCUCACGCCACCGGUUCUGGAUUCGAACAUCAGCGCUUCUUUCUCAUAUGGUGGCAGCAGCAGGCAGACAAGAGUCAACCGCCUUCCCACGAGCACCUUCGGGCUCAGCAGCGGAGCUGUCGUAGUCGACGUUCAUAGGCACCAAACUGUCGAUCACGACGAGUUCAAUGACAACAAGUCGGUGGAUCUCGAGAUGGGACACGUUGAUACUAAGUCAACUGAUCUCGAGAUGGGAAGAGCUCAUUGA